UUUCUGCUUCGCUCUCGAGUCUCGGGAAUGGCCGGCCGUCAUCUUUGACCACUGACCCAGCCAGCCCCGCGCGUAAAAACACAAUACGACGGACUCCCUACCUCACCUUUGAACUUUCCAAGGUCAAUCUCGUUCAACUCUCCGUCACAUAUACUAUAAUAUAUAUAUAGCCCACAGAAUCACAAGCCGCUUCAAGCUCUCCUCUUCUCUUCAUCCAUUUGCAAGUCCACUGAGAGUGAGAGGUGCAUCUCUAGAAGCUUCUAGACAUCCAUCUCGCACACGUUGUGCCAUGGGCAACGGUCUCUCCCCGUGCCUGCACCCGACGGCGGCGGUGAGGCUUGUCUACUGGGGCGCGCACACGAGGCUGGUCACCGACGACGCGUGCAUCACCGCGGGGGAUGUCGCAGCCGAGCACCCAGCAGGCGGCCACGUCGUCUGCCCUGCCGACUCCUUCUUCGUCGGCCUCCCGAUCCCGGUCAUAUCGCCCGGCGAGGAGCUGCUGCCGGGGCGGACCUACUUCGUCCUCCCCGCGGCGCGGUUCGCCUGCCUCAAGGUGCUCACCGCGGCCACGCUCGCCGCGCUGUCGCCUGCGCCCGCGAAGGUGCCCCUCGCCGGCCCCGGGCAGUGCCCGUUCGAGUACGUCAAGGGCGACGGCGGCGCCACGCUCAUCAGGGUCAUGCCGGAGUUCAUCGAGAAGGUGAUCACCUGCGACGGCGGCCGGCGUGGGGGCAAGUCCUGCGGCGCGGUGGUGGCGUCUUCAGCGACGGCGGAGCUGUGCAGCACGCCUGAGCUGAAGAGGCAUUACGCGCAGCUCGUCGGACCGAGGAACCAGACAUGGUCGCCGAGGCUCGAGACCAUAGCGGAGUGUGGUAGGAGCAAGUGGCUGAGGUCGCCGGCGAGAUUGUUGUCUUCACGAUAGCCGCAUGCGUAGUGUACGUAGAUUUCAUUUAUAAUCGAGGACGUGCAGCGAAAUGUACAGAUUAGUUACACACUUUUUUCCCUUAGAAAAAAUUGGUUACACUCUUAUUAAUGAGCUCAAAUUAAGCUACAAUGUGAUGCAUUCUUGCAGUGAUGCUUGACAUACCCGUAGCUAACGUGCAUUAAGACUCACAAUAGAGUGUCAUGCGUACGUGUGCCUAGGUACACGGCAUUGCAGUUGCAGGCGUACGUAGAAGGAACACGUACGAGUGGUUCACGCGCACGCAACAGAUCGCGGUUGGAGCAGGGCUCGACACGAGAAUUGCAUGAGUUUACCGCACCGCACCGCACCGCACCGGAUGUGUGCAAGAGCACCGCCGGCUGACGCUGCAAAGCCACCCCGGCGGACGACGUACGGACCUACGUAAACCAUGCAUGCGCCGCUUCCCCUGCGGCAAACGAUCCGAGAUGCGUCGGCGGUCUCGGCGCCGGCGUCGGACCCUGUCCGCCUCAUCAUCUCCUCCGCUUGACCGGGCCGUUUCCGCGUUCCGUCUCGUCCCAUUUGGGCUUGGGCCUCCCCAUCCGCGGUUACCGUCCGUCUUGCUUUCAUGGGCUGUGAGCGCGGCAUCAACUGCUCCAGAGAUAAUCAUCCGUUGAUGCUCAACCCUACUCGAAUUAACUCGUGUUUAUUUUUUUGAGAUACUU